GAGUCUUUCACUGAGAUCUACUCUGUGACGAAGGGGAGGGGGACGUCACACAAAGAAGGAGCCAAUCACAUAUUAGCUGUUUGGAUUUAUGCCAGGGCUUUUGGGGAUUUGAAGACUUCAGUACAAGUGGCAAAAGCCAGGUUUAAAAAAAAAAAAAAAGUCGACGAGAUGCCGUACACACCGUCGGGCUUUUUCUGCGACCGGCUGAUCCGGGAGCGAGAGCGCAGAGACGGGGAAGGGUCUCUGAACAAACCCCUGCGCUUCAAUGGACAGGACUUCAGCGUCCUGCGCCAGGAGUGUCUGCAGAAGAAGAAUCUGUUCGAGGAUGAGUCUUUCCCCGCCACCGUGGAGUCUCUGGGCUUCAAGGAGCUGGGGCACAAGUCCAACAAGGUCAAGAACAUCGUCUGGAAGAGGCCCAAGGAGAUCUCUGAGAACCCUCAGUUCAUCGUUGGAGGAGCCAGCAGGACAGACAUCUGCCAGGGAGAUCUGGGUGACUGCUGGCUGCUGGCGGCCAUCGCCUGCCUGACCCUGUACGAGAAGCUUCUCUACCGAGUGGUUCCUCACGAGCAGAGCUUCUCUGACGGAUAUGGAGGCAUCUUCCACUUCCAGUUCUGGCGUUAUGGGGACUGGGUGGACGUGGUUAUCGACGACCGCAUCCCGACUUUCAACAACCAGCUGGUCUUCACUAAAUCAGCUGAGAGGAACGAGUUCUGGAGUGCGCUGCUGGAGAAGGCCUACGCCAAGCUGCACGGCUCCUACGAGGCUCUGAAGGGAGGAAACACCACGGAGGCCAUGGAGGAUUUCACCGGGGGGGUCACUGAGUUCUACGAGAUGAAGGAGGCGCCCAAGGAGCUCUACAAGAUCAUGAAGAAAGCUCUGGAGAGGGGCUCGCUCAUGGGCUGUUCCAUCGACUCGCUGGUUCCUGCGCGCUUUGAGACUCGUACGGUGACGGGACUCGUGAAGGGCCACGCCUACUCUGUGACCGCCGUGGAGGAGUGCAAGCCGUCUCAGCUAAAGGAGUCUAAGGUGCGUCUGGUGCGUCUCAGGAACCCCUGGGGACAGGUGGAGUGGAACGGACCCUGGAGCGACAACUCUAAGGAGUGGACGACGCUCUCUAAGACGGAGAAGGAGAAGCUGCAGCAUCAGAGCGCAGAGGACGGAGAGUUCUG